CGCGUCCGCACCCCCUCUCCUGGCCCGCGGGCCCCUUCCCACAACAGAUCCCUCCCCGCGCCCUCCCCAUCCGCGAUCCCGGUCCCGCCCCUGAGUCCGGGCUCCCGCGCCCAUCCCUCCCUGGCAGGCCCCGCCCUCGUGCGGUCCCUCCCGGAAGCGCCGGCAGAGCUACCUCGCAUGGAGCGCGAGCCCAGCGCCUCGGAGGCCGCCCCCGCGGCGGCCGUGCUCUUCGCCUGGGGUGCAAAUAGCUAUGGGCAACUUGGCCUCGGCCAUAAGGAAGAUGUGCUGUUGCCCCAGCAACUGAAUGACUUCUGUAAACCCAGGAGUGUCAGGAGGAUCACAGGAGGAGGGGGCCACUCUGCAGUUGUCACAGGUAACUUCCUUCAAAAAUCCCAGGAGUGUCAGGAGGAUCACAGGAGGAGGGGGCCACUCUGCAGUUGUCACAGAUGGAGGAGACCUCUUUGUUUGUGGUCUGAACAAAGAUGGGCAACUGGGGCUUGGUCACACAGAGGAUAUCCCAUAUUUUACCCCCUGCAAAUCCCUCUUUGGCUGUCCCAUCCAACAGGUGGCCUGUGGCUGGGAUUUUACCAUUAUACUCACAGAAAACGGUCACGUUCUAUCAUGUGGAUCCAACUCCUUUGGCCAGUUAGGAGUUCCUCAUGGACCUCGAAGAUGUGUGGUUCCCCAGGCCAUUGAGCUCCAUAAAGAGAAGGUUGUUUGUAUUGCUGCUGGACUGAGGCAUGCAUUAGCUGCUACAGCGAGUGGCAUCGUGUUCCAGUGGGGGACUGGUUUGGCAUCAUGUGGACGACGGUUGUGCCCUGGGCAGACUCUUCCAUUGUUUUUCACAGCAAAGGAACCAAGCAGAGUGACAGGUCUAGAGAAUUCUAAAGCAAUGUGUGUACUUGCUGGCUCAGACCACUCAGCUUCAUUAACAGAUGCAGGAGAGGUGUAUGUUUGGGGAAGCAACAAGCAUGGGCAACUGGCUACUGAGGCUGCUUUCCUUCCUGUGCCGCAGAAAAUAGAAGCACGUUGUUUCCAGAAUGAAAAGGUCACUGCCGUCUGGAGUGGGUGGACACACCUGCUUGCUCAGACAGAAACUGGCAAGGUGUUUACCUGGGGCCGAGCAGACUAUGGUCAACUAGGGAGGAAGUUGGAGACUUACGAAGGCUGGAAACUAGAAAAGCAAGAUUCAUUCCUCCCCUGUUCAAGACUACCGAACAGCGUGCCUUCAUCUCUGCAUUGCUUAACUGGAGCAACUGAGGUCUCUUGUGGCUCAGAGCAUAAUUUGGCAGUAAUUGGUGGAGUGUGUUACUCUUGGGGCUGGAAUGAGCAUGGCAUGUGCGGAGAUGGCACUGAAGCCAACAUCUGGGCCCCGAAGCCGGUGCAGGCUCUGCUGUCAUCAUCAGGACUCCUUGUGGGCUGUGGGGCUGGCCACUCCCUGGCCCUCUGCCAGCUACCAGCUCACCCUGCAUUGGUCCAGGACCCCAAGGUCACCUACCUUUCCCCAGAUGCCACCGAGGACACUGAAUCUCAGGAAGCCAUGGACAAAGAGAGAAACUGGAAGGAAAGACAAUCAGAAACUUCAACCCAAAGCUAAUCUGACUGGUCCAGAAAUGGGGGACUGUGAUAGAGAAUCUUUAAUAAAGUGGCUUUUCCCACCAAAA